GCAUCAAGUUUUUUCUUUUACAUUGUUAACAUAUUGCUUUCCUAUUUUUAAAAGGAGAAAAGGUGUUGUGCUUCCAUGGACCUCUCCUGUAUGAAGCUAAGUGUGUCAAGUAUGAGGUGAAGGAGAAGAUCACCCGCUAUUUCAUUCAUUACAAUGGAUGGAACAAAAACUGGGACGAAUGGGUUCCUGAGAGUCGUGUUCUCAAAUUCAAUGAGGCUAGUUUGCAGAAACAGAAAGAAUUAUCAAAAGCUCAUGGAGCUGCUAACAAGAAGCUGCGAGCGGCAAAACGGAUGGAGAAGGAAACAGCCAAGAAGCAAGAAAAGGAAAAAGACAAGGAUAAAGAUAAAGAAAAGGAGAGAGCUUCAACACCAUCCAAUGAAAAACAGAAGCAGAAGGUCAAUAACAGCUCCAACAAGGAAGGGAAAGAACAAACAUCAGGUACAUCCACACCUGUGCCACCCCCACCACCUACAGCUGAACCACCUAAAGCAGAGGUACCGACUCCUGCGCCAGAACCAAAGAGAAAGAGAGCCAGAACUGAUGCCACUGUAGAAUCGGAUGAGUCUUUCACAUCAAAGAUUGAGGUAAAGAUCCGUGUGCCAGAUGAGCUGAAACAGUGGCUGGUUGAUGACUGGGACCUGAUAACUAGACAGAAAAUGCUGGUCACUCUUCCGGCCAGGCAGACUGUGGAAAAUAUCCUCGACGAUUAUGUCAAGACGAAAACAUCCAAAGCCAAUAAUCCGAAUAAAGACGCUGUGAUUGAAAUGUCCCAUGGUAUCCAGGAGUACUUCAAUGUUAUGCUGGGCACACAGCUCCUCUACAAGUUUGAGAGACCCCAAUAUGGAGAGAUUAUAUCCGAAAAAUCGGACACCAGUAUGUGCAGCAUCUAUGGUGCCGUGCAUCUUCUUCGGUUGUUAGUGAAGCUGGGUGGGAUGCUGGCUUACACAGCUCUGGAUGAGAAGAGUGUGCAGCUCCUCCUCACCCACAUCCACGACUUCCUCAAAUACCUACACAAGAACUCAUCAACAUUAUUCAGUCUGAACGAUUUUUUCGUGGCUCCUCCAGAGUAUCACAGGAAAGCCAUAUGACAGAGUUGCCUCCCCUGAGAGGAUGACAAUCUCCAGUUGCCGUCAGUGUUGAUGUCAGGUUACAAAGUGAGGUUAAGGUGCCAAGAAUGCAACAAAAGUAGAGGAAUUCCAAACAGUGGUAUUUUAUGCUCCAUAUCUCACUGUGUCAGCUAUCUUCAAUAACAACAAAUGAAGACAAAAGAUGUGACAAUAUAUCCACCAAAUACGUUAUUUCCAUACUUAACAAAAAAAGUUAUGGAUCAUGAAUAUUUUGGGGAUAUUUAUUGUUAAAGCAGAACAAAGAUUUGCACACAAGCAUGAGACAUAAGUGAUAUUGACCCUAUCAGUUCAGCAGGAUGAUCUAGACAUUGGUGUUAUAAACAAGUAUCUCUUUAAGUGUGAUAUGAUACACUUCCUCAUAGCCAUCCUCAAGCUGGGAACUGUUCUGAAAGUGUAUUCUGGUAUGUAUGCACAAGAAAUGACUUGGAACCUAUUUUUUUCGAUGGACAUCAUUAAUCAUCCUCCAACAGAUGUUGUUCCAAAUAGUUAUAAGCUCUUCAUUUUGUAUAUGCUGAUGUGAAAGUUAGAGUACAAUGUAGAAUGAUGGCAAACUGAAUAAAGUCUUGAGUCAUC